CUGCUCCUCCGCCUGCGCUCCGCUUCAGCCUUUUGCUAGUGCUACUACGCAAAGAAAACCUGAACGAGGAGGAGGAGGAGCAGAAAAAAACACGGCGCAAAUUGCCAAAUUUUCCAUGUGUAUAUUCCCCCCUCCACCUGCCUUCACCUUCACCUCCACCUCCUCCUAGCUAUACCUCGUGCUCUCCUCCUCCACUGCAUGCUCCCCUUUGUCCUGUCUCACUCCCCCUCCUCGUUCUGCCCGCUGCGUCGUCGCCGGCGCGCCGCCGUGCCCUGACAGGGACAGCCUCAGCUGGGUGGGGGUGCAUUUUGUGGUUUUUUUUUGUUCUUGUGAUCUCGCCGCGGUGGGUUCUUUGACCUCGGGGAACAUCUGGGAGGAGGGAGGGAGGCGAGCUGCUGCGGUGGUAUGCUAGCGUGCUUCUUCUCCUCUCUUUGAUGAGUUGGCGGCGGCGGCGGGGAGGAGGAGGAGGAGCGUCUCCGGCGCCGGCCGCCGCCUGAGGAUUCCCUGUUUCCGAGGAGGGGAGGGGAGGGGAGGUGGGUGGCCCCGUUUCUUGGUCUUCCCUGAUCCUGAUUACCCGCGCAAAGCCGUUUCUUUUAGCCGCCGCCCCUUCGCCUAAAGAUCUGUUCUUUUAGCAGCAAUGCGUUCGUGUAAUUUCGUUCCGGACUUAAGGAGAGGAUGAGCUUGUACUGCAGUGUUGAUGCGCGCCCUGCUCUUCGUCCGUCCUUGUUCGUCCUUGUUCGUGUUCUUGAUUUUUUUCCCUUCACCAUUACAAGUCAAAAUUUGGAGCUCAAAGCUCGCGCUGGUAGUUGUGCUGUUCCUCCUUGGACGAAAAAAUGAUGGGGCCUUUGCCAAGAAAGGGACAGGAUAGACAGCGACCUGUCUUUGCCGCUGUUUCCACCAUUACGCGUAGUAAGAAACUAAUUAUGGUAGUAAUCCAAGAGAGGUAGGAGUGUGGCUCAUGGAAAUGGAGGACACCGUUGCUUACCAUUUCUUGGUUCAGUUGGGGGAUAGUGUGUUGCAGUAAAAUGGUUCGUUUAGUUGUUUUCCCCUUCUGUCAAGUAGAUUUGGAUUUGGGGUAUUUUGCUAAAGAAAGGUGAUGGUUGUACUCUUUGAUCCUUGUGGAGUACCCAAGCGGUUAGAGUACUGUCCUUUUGGAUUACCUUCUUGAAGGAUGAUGCUACAUCUGUUCAAUUCUCUCUUUGUUGUUUCAGUCUAUGGUAUUUCUUACAGAAAGGGGCCAACUUUGCUGCUAUUUAUGUCCAUUAGCUUCUGGUAGAAGAGGGGUCUAGCGAUCUAGUUGCUGAUUUACUGACCCCUUUAAUAUGGGGAUCUUUGGCUAGCUUCUCACAGAAAUGCCUGUGAUGCCAUUUCGUCCUUGCCUACGCAGGACUUUAGUGCUUUGUGAAAUGGACAUGUGGCGUAAUUUCCCCGUUUCUUGAAUCGGUUUCUUGUUGAGUGUCCUAGUUAAUAAAUACCCCUCCAGAACAAUUUGAAGGCAAUGCUGUAGUUCCUACAACAGGCUCUCCAAUCCCGCUGCCUCACUAGCCUUGGCAUAGGAAUCCUUUGAUUGUUGUGUAGAUACACCAUGGGGCUCUUAGGUAUGGUGGGCGACUCAUUUGGUUGCUCAGCUACCGGUGAGCGGCUUGUCUCUGCUGCAAGGGAUGGAGACAUCCAGGAGGCUACGGCCCUGUUGGAGCUUAAUCCCCGACUUGCACGGUACUCAACGUUUGGGAUCCGGAACUCGCCCCUCCACUACUCGGCAGCAAAGGGCCACCAUGAGAUUGUUUCUCUCCUCAUAGAGUCUGGUGUUGAUAUCAACCUUAGGAACUGCAGAGGGCAGACUGCUCUAAUGCAAGCUUGUCUAUAUGGUCAUUGGAAAGUUGUACAGAUCCUAGUUCUUUUUAAAGCUAAUAUUCACAAGAAAGAUUGUUUUAGUGGCGCAACAGCUAUUCAUUUUGCUGCUCUAAAAGGUCAUACGCGGUGCCUUCGGCUCCUUGUGGCUGAUUACGUACCCAGCUUGCCACAAUUUUGGAAUGUUAUGCACGCGAAAUCCACAGAUAUAACAAAUAAGGAAGCCUUUGAUGCGGUAGCUCUCCAGAUGUUAAUAAACAGUAAGUCCGAUGGAGGUGUCACGCCGCUUCACUUGGCAGCCCUUCAUGGGCAUGCUGAGAGCGUGCAAUUGCUGUUAGACCUUGGAGCCUCUGUCUCAGAGGUCACUAUCAAUGAUGGUUCAACUAUUGAUCUUAUAGGCUCAGGAAGCACACCUCUCCACUAUGCGGCUUGUGGUGGAAGUCCUGUAUGCUGUCAACUUCUUGUUGCAGCCGGAGCAAACAUGAGAGCUCAAAACACCAAUGGGUUGACCCCUUUGAUGGUGGCUCGAUCAUGGCACAAAAAUAGUGUUGAAGGUAUCCUAACCAAACGGCCAGAAGUUCCAGUACGCAUUCUUCCAUCAUCAUAUCUGUCUCUCCCGCUAAUGAGCAUUGUCAGAAUUGCUAGGGAAUGUGGGUGGAGAAAAACUUCUGUCUCAUCUACUUGUCUUGAUCAAUGCGCCAUAUGUUUGGAUACGGAAUGUGCAGUGUCUGCAGAAGGCUGUGGCCAUGAGUUUUGCACCAAAUGCGCACUCUACUUGUGUGCCACCACUAGCAGCUCAACAUCCAUUCGUGGCGUGCCGGGCUCCAUACCUUGCCCUUUGUGCCGCCACGCGAUCGUCUCGUUCGUUAGACUUGCAAGUACAACCCCAAUAAAGGAGCUCCCGUGGACGAACAAAUCAUUAGCUCUCUGUGCAGCAGGUGCAAGCACUGGUUCCAAAUAUUCUGGUCCUGCAGCAAUCAGUCGUUCCAAGUAUGCCGGUUCUUUCGACCGAAGGUCUGAGAUGCGCAGCCUGCGCUCCUCUUCGGUUGAUCUUGGAUGCUCCUCAUUCAGAACCGUGAGCUCAGGGAAGCUGCCAUCAAUAAAGUUGAACUGCACAGGAGCUGACGAGACGAUGCCCUGCCUCGUCAGUUGCUUCAGGCCGGAUGUGCAGAGGUCGUCUUCGUAUAGGGAAAGAAUUAGGAGAUACUCACAGUUUUCAUAGUAUUGUUGUCGGUUUGUUUGUGCCUCCCGUCCGUUUUGUGAGUUUCUGGGGGUUUGGCAGUUCAAACUUGUGCAGUGCUUGUCCAUGCUUUUCUCUGUGCUUCUUGAUACCUGUAGCUUGUUCUGUUCUUCUGCUUGUGGUCUUCUUGUAAGUUGUAACAUGACAUGUGAUCCUCAUGAUUAAGAUAUCUUUGUGCA